UCAGUGGUGUGAUGGCGGCGCCCAGUGCAUAUUCUGAAGUUAACUGUUAGCUAUCUUCUUUUGAAAUUACACUUGGAAUCUGUUGCUAAAUGUGCUUCAAUCUAAUGAUUUAGAUUAUACAGCUAGAUAUCUAGUUUAAAAAUUUGUAAUUUCGCCGCAGUAUUUUUUAAUCAACUGGUGUUGUUGUGUUGGCUAUCUUUCUCCAUUUUGAUAUUCCGGAGAUUGUUGUCAAAAAUCGAAAUGCGGCGAAUGGGUCCGGUGGCUGUGUUCGCAGCUAUCUUAAUGUUAGCUAGCAGCAUGCAGGUCGUUGAAAUGGAGCAGCACGUGAAAAGUGAAGAGUGUAGGGUCUGCGCGGAGAGUGCUGAUACGCUCCACGACAUUAUCGCACAGAACUCUACAAAAGAGCAUGUGCUACGGUUCCUCUUCGAUGAGUGUACAGCUAGCGCCACCUACACUGACGACGAAUGCCGAUUCAUUGUCGACGACUUCCUAAAGAAGACGUAUGAAUUCUCGACCGACAUUCUCAAACCAAGGUUUCUAUGUCCCCAACUUCAUCUUUGUGCACCGGCCAAGCAAGCCUUGUUCGCAUCAGAACAAAACGAAGUUAUAAUGGCAAAGGAUGAAUCCAUAAUAGAUCAUAUUAGGGAUGACGCACGCUGUUCCUUCUGCCAGUUCUUCAUCGAGACCAUCAAUGGCUAUCUAUUGAAGAAUACAACAGUUGCCGAGCUGAUAGUCAUACUGGAGAAGGUGUGCGACAGUCUGCCUGUGAAUGAGACCAAAAAACAGGAGUGCAAGCUCUUGAUGCCAAUGGCUGCCAAGUUCCUGCAAAAUCUCAUCUCGAAAGUGCCACCAGAUAUGGCCUGCGCCAUCCUGAAGCUCUGUCCAGUAAAGAAUCGCCGUCGUGCAGAGGUGGCAGUGCUGCAGAUGUUGGUGCCUACUGUCACCGCUUCAAUAAAGUGUGAUCUAUGUACAGCGGCCAUGGGAGAGGUGGAUAGGAUCAUCAUGAGAAACCAGAUUGUAAUACAACGGGAAGCUAUGGAGCUGUGUCUGCGACUAACAGCAGCUGUUCGCGAAAAGUGUGUUUGCCAUGCUGGACCAUAAACUUCACUGAGA